GUUUCAUAAUGGAGAGAAUAAUUAAAGCAAUCUAUGGUGGUCCUCUACCUCAACAGAAGCGCACAGAACCCAUGCAGGUCUUAUGCGUUGGGAUCUCUCGUUCUGGUACUGAGAGUUUACGUGAAGCCCUGUUGAGGUUAGGCUACGUACACACAUACCAUGGUUGGGAUACCUUAUUACCCCCGCGCUUUCAACUCGAAGCAUGGUACUAUCUUGUCAAGCGGAAAGCGGAACAACCGGAUACCAAAUUCACGGCAGCGGAUUUCGAUCCCAUAAUCGGUCAUUGCGUCGCUCUUACAGACUUGCAAGGGGCCGUUUUUGCGCCAGAGCUUAUAGAAGCUUAUCCAGAUGCGAAGGUUAUUUUAAACGUGCGCAAAGACGUUGAUGCUUGGUAUCGCAGCUUUAACUCAACUAUGGGGAUGUUUGACAAGGACACAAUAAACUUAGAUUGGUUACUUGGUUGGUUUUGCUCGGAUUUAUUCUGGAUUCGACAGUGCAUGACUCGUAUGGAGAUACCAUUCUUUUUCUGGGGUUCUUUUGCGAAAAAUGGCAAACAAGUUUACAGAGAUCAUAGCGAAUCAGUGAAGAAGAUGGGGUUACCUGCGGAUCGAUUUCUCGAAUGGUCUGUUGAGGACGGUUGGGAGCCGUUGUGCAAGUUCUUGGGAAAACCUGUGCCUCAAGAGCCGUUCCCGGCAGGAAAUACACCUAAAGAUUAUCAUAAGAGACUAACCAAUCUUAUGAUAAGGUAUUAUGCUACGGCGGCUGCGAAUUUACUUCUAACAAUUGGUGCUGGAGUUGGAAUGGUGGCAUAUGGAAUAAAGUGGUAUGGCUCAAACUAAGUUGC